UGCUAGUCGCCAGUGCCAAAAAGUCUCCGUCCAUCGAUUUUAGAUGUCAUUGUGACUUCCGUUCUCAAACCGAUGCUAUGUCAGGGCGCAACAUUUGAACUCGUAAUAUAUUUAUAUUGCAAAAUAAUGUGUAGUGUAUUAAUGAAAGAAAAAUGAGUCACACGUAGAAGAUUGAAAAUUAUACAUGUUUACUUUACGCCCUUUUUAUCGAAAUUUCGAAACAAAACGUGUAAAAUAAAGCACAAAAAUGUCACUUAUAGACCUAACCAAACCUCGUUGGGACCAGAACACGUACUGGGGACGAGCUACGCACUUUUUCCACCUGACCAAUCCGCUUAAUGUCCUGGCCAGCGACAAACAGCUCGACGAGGCCAAGAAGAUCGUCACUGAGUUCAGGAAAACCCAAAAAAUGCCAUCUGGUUACGACGAAGAGAAAUUGUGGGCUGCAAAGUACUUAUAUGACAGCGCAUUCCACCCCGAUACUGGUGAGAAGAUGAUCCUGAUCGGACGCAUGGCUGCGCAGGCGCCCAUGAACACCCUGAUCACUGGCGGGAUGAUCACAUUUUACCGAACGACAGCAGCGACGGUUUUCUGGCAAUGGCUGAAUCAGACGUUCAACGCCAUCGUCAAUUAUACCAACAGAGGCGGGGACACGCCUAUACCUGUCAGUCAAAUGGUCGCGUCAUAUUGCUGUGCCUGCGGAGGCGCAUUGGGUACCGCGCUCUACCUCAAUUCCAAAGUAAAGAACAUGAAUCCGUUGUUCGCGCGGUUCGUGCCGUUCGCGGCUGUCGCCGGCGCCAAUUGCCUCAACAUUCCCAUGAUGAGAAGCAGUGAAAUAAUCAACGGCACACCGGUUUUCACGCUGUCGGGCGAGCGUAUCGGAGAAUCGCGGAACGCGGCACGAUACGGCAUCAGCCUCGUCGUCGUCUCCAGGAUUUUCAUGGCCAUACCCGGAAUGAUACUAACACCAAUGGCGACGAAUUUCGGCCUAAAACGCGGGUGGUUCCGCGGGGGAAGGCAUUGGCUGAUAUUACCCUUCCAGCUGGCGUCGGUGGGAUUCUGUGUCACCAUCGCCACACCUCUCGGAUGCGCCAUGUUCCCACAACAAGCUACCUUUCCUGUGUCUAGAUUGGAACCUGAAUUGGCUAAAAUUGCCAGAAGCAAAAACGUGGACACUGUAGUAUACAACAAGGGUUUGUAAACGUAAAACCAAACAAGCACGAGCUUCGUAGACGUCCUAACUAUAUUAACUACUUCAAGAGUUCAUGGUAGAUAGGAAAAUAUCAUUACGGAAUUGAACAGAAAUUUUCAUGCGGUCUUCCCUAGAACGGUUACACUUUGGACACCGAUACAAACGCACAUUUGUGACAUACAAAAUAGGUGCGCAGCGCCUGGGUUUUAACCCAGCGUUAACAAAGCGUUUAACGUAACGUAACGUAACGCCCGAAAUCGCGGGCAAAACUAUUUACAAAUAAAUAUUUAUUGUUUUGAACGAGUUUUGUUCAAGUUUAAUGAUAUUAAUACAAAAUGGUUAUUGCUUUCUAGACGAUUCGAUUUGCCUUUCUAUUGAAAUAAAUCGAUACAAAAAAUCUUGCAUAUGCACUUGAAUCGAUCAUAAUAAAAAUUGAAUCGUAAUGUGCACCCUUAGCAGUGAGAAUCCAAAGGAUUGCAAGGUGGGUAUUAUGUGAAGUUGCCGCUUUUUCGUCUAAAAAAGAUUUUUUGUGUCAAAAUUUGUAAUAAGUAUACAAGUAUUUAAAAUUCCGUAUUCACUGUUUCGAGCAGAAUUGGGAUAAACCUGGUUAAAACCCGUGCGAGUUAAUUGGGUUUUAACACACUGCCCAUCUCUGAUCGCUGCUUAAGCGUGAUGCCACACGGGCGUUGCCGGUGCGUUGCGUGCGAUACGAGCUGUUCCGUCGACGCGCGCUGUUUUAACGCAGCGUGUGGCAUGUCGUUCUGAUAUAUACGUAGUACGACGCAGCUGCGAUGACGCAACGUGUAACGUACGAGGACUAGCGACUGCAUCGCGACUUACUCGCUGCAGACGCGCUGCUAAAAGUCUCCGUGUGUAACCGCUCUAAAAUGCAUUGAGUUGCUGCUAUAGAGAUAUAAAUAGUUUUGUAGUUAAAGACAACUUCUAUAGCUUAAUGUGUGGCUGAUUGUACCUAUGACAACACGGUGAAAUAGGGCUUCAGUGGACUUAUCUUUGAAGGGAAAAAAAUAGAACACUGUAACAUUUAUCUUAUAUAUAUGUAACAUUAACAUUAUCAAAGUAUAAUUGAACUUUGAAACACCCUGUACAUUUACCUCUAAAGAUGGACGGCACCAUGUAGAGAUUUAGAUUGAACAAUAUACCAACUAAUUCUAGUCCAACCUCUUCGUAUAUAAGACCCGUGUUCAGCAGAGCAUUGAUUGUGUCACUAUAAAUAAAAUAAGAGCCGGUCAGCAAAAGGUACCGGACUACCUUUUAUUUUGUUUGUGGGUAGUAAUAGAAGCUCCGAAAAGUAAAUUGAAAAUAAGCUUAUUCAAGAUAAUACGAUAAGCAUUGCGUUAGGGUCACGGGCCGUGAGAAAAGUGGCUGUGGUUCGGAACCUCUGUUAUUUCCCUAUAUUUAUUAAGAAAUGUUAAAUAAGUUAGUUAGAAAUAUUAUUUCAAUUAGCAACAUGUUCUGUACAGUGUAAAUUUUAAACGAUACUUAAGAAAAAAAUUUAAAUGUCUAUGAUUAACGCAUAUUAAAAUAAUAUUCCAAAACCUAUAUUAUUUACAUUCCAUAUAAAUUGUGAUAAGUUUUUUUGUUUUUAUUGAUCAUAUAUUUUACUGUUUUUUAAUGAAUGUCUUAUUAAUUUUAUACUCAAAUAUACAAUUAAAGGUAUAAUUGAUCUGAUUGAUUUAUUUAAGUAAGUACAUUUUGUUCAAAAUGUAAAGAUUGUUUUUAAUACCUUUAAUUAAUAC